UUUUCCAGUUCGACACUGAAUUCUAUAUCAGUGGACUUGCGCCUCUCUGUGACCAGCUUGUUAUACUUUCAUAUGUAAAGGAGAUUUCCGAAAAAACGGAAGUGGAGUGUUGUGCGAGGCCUAGACUGGAUAUUGUACAACCCUUACCUGAGUCCUGUGAAGAGAUCUCUUCUGAUGCAUUAACAGUACGAGGAUUUCAGGAAAAUGAAUGUAGAGAUUAUCAUUUAGAGUAUUCGGAAGGUGAAUCACUCUUUUAUAUCAUCAGUCCAAGAGAUGUGGUUGUGGCUAAAGAACGGGACCAAGAUGAUCACAUUGACUGGCUUCUUGAAAAGAAGAAAUACGAAGAAGCUUUGAUGGCAGCUGAGAUCAGUCAGAAAACCAUAAAAAAGCAUAAGAUUUUGGACAUUGGCUUAGCCUAUAUAAAUCACCUAGUGGAGAAAGGAGAGUACAACCUGGCUGCUCGAAAAUGCCAGAAAAUUCUUGGCAAAAACACAGAACUCUGGGAAUUUGAAGUUUACAAGUUUAAAGAAAUAGGUCAGCUUAAGGCAAUUAGUCGUUACUUGCCCAGACGAGAUCCAGUUCUGAAACCUCUGAUCUAUGAAAUGGUCCUGCACGAGUUUUUGGAGAGUGACUAUGAGGGGUUUGCAACCCUGAUAAAAGAGUGGCCUGGAGAUCUCUACAACAACACAAUCAUAGUUCAAGCUGUGAUGGAUCACCUGAAGAAAGAUCCACAGAACAGGACAUUGCUGCGAACACUUGCAGAAUUGUAUACGUAUGACCAGCGCUAUGGCAAAGCCCUAGAAAUUUACCUAACUUUGAGGCAUAAAGAUGUCUUCCAGUUGAUCCACAAGCACAAUCUUUUCAGUUCUAUCAGAGACAAAAUUGUUCUCCUCAUGGAUUUUGAUUCAGAGGUAUGGUGAUUUUAAUGAUUUUAU